GAAUGGAGUGUUUCCACCGUGGCGCUAUGUCGCAGCAGCUGCAGCACCUGUGACUACCAUCGAGUGCAGCGGCUUCGGCAGUGGCACUCGAAAUGGAGGGUUCAACUAUCAGCGUCAUCAGAGAUCCGCAGCCCGCGGCCGGUGACAGGACGUCAUCGUUACCACCAAUCGUGCACUGCGUGGCGUUUUGCGUCGCCUUCGGGCUCGUGUUCGCCGUGAGCGGCGCCAUUCUCCUGUCCAGUGGGCUGCCAUACCGGCGGCUCCAGCUUCGAAUCAUCUCGGCGUGCAUGCUUACCUUAGGUGUCGUGCUGCUUGCAGUCGCCGUUGUGCUUAUUUUCUCAUGGCGCCAUCGCCACCAGUCCGGAUCCGUCUACUUGGGUUGCGAGGAUGCUGCCGCUGCCCCACCGCCAGCCUACGAGGACGUGGUGCUGCCACCACCGUCCUACGAGAGCGUGAUGAUGCUCGAUCAUCUCGGGAAGAAUGCUGAAGGGGCUGGCUCAUCAGAUGGCCCACACCACCCACAGGGAUUCGGCGCCAGGCACCGCUGA